CACAGAAACGCCUCUCGUCUGCCUCGGCGGCACUGGCAGCAGCGGCGUAGUAGUAAUCUGUCUGCCGCGCACCGAGCUCGCAUUUUGCUGUCAGGGUGCCACCGGGAGACGGGCGACAGACUGCCGCGCGUCGGGGGACACCGGUCACCAUCCGCACGGUUCAAGCCACAUCGCGCCGCGGGCAAUGACAUUGGCUGAUUGAAGUGGGAAUACACAAGAAAACGCAAAAAUGACGGUGGACUUUGAAGAAUGUAUAAAAGAUUCACCCCGAUUUAGGGCUGGCAUCGACGAGGUGGAGACAGACGUGGUGGAGAUUGAGGCAAAACUCGAUAAGCUGGUGAAGCUGUGCAGUGGGAUGAUCGAGGCCGGCAGGGCCUACGUCAGCGCCAACAAGCUCUUUGUCAAUGGAAUCAAGGAUCUGUCCCACCAGUGCAAGAAAGAGGAGAUGAUAUCGGAAUGUCUUGAGAAGUGUGGAGAAAGCCUCCAGGAGAUCGUCAACUACCACAUGAUAUUGUUUGACCAGGCUCAGAGGUCAAUAAAGCAGCAGCUUCACACCUUCAUUAAAGAGGAUGUGCGUAAAUUUAAGGACACGAAGAAGCAGUUUGACCGGGUGCGGGAGGACAUGGAGCUGGCCCAGGUGAAGAACGCCCAAGCGCCCAGGAACAAGGUGCACGAGGCGGAAGAGGCCACGCAGGCUCUCGUCCUCAGCCGCAAAGCCUUCAGGCACCUCGCGCUGGACUACGUGCUGCAGAUUAAUGUGCUUCAGGCCAAGAAGAAGUUUGAAAUCUUGGAUGCAAUGCUGUCUUUUAUGCGCGCACAGUGCACACUGUUCCAACAAGGCUUCAACAUCUUGGACGAGAUUGACCCCUAUAUGAAAAAACUGGCUGCACAGCUGGAUCAGCUGGUCAUCGACUCGGCCGUGGAGAAGAGGGAGCUGGAGCACAAACACGCCCUCAUCCAGCAGAGAACUCUCAUGCAGGACUUUUCUUAUGAUGACACCAAGUUGGAAUUUAACGUGGAUGCACCCAAUGGUGUGGUCAUGGAGGGCUACCUCUUCAAGAGGGCCAGCAAUGCAUUCAAGACCUGGAACAGGCGCUGGUUUUCUAUACAAAACAGCCAGCUGGUCUAUCAAAAGAAACUUAAGGACUCUUUGACUGUGGUGGUGGAGGACCUGAGGCUCUGCUCUGUCAAACCCUGUGAAGAUAAUGAGCGCAGGUUCUGCUUUGAGGUUGUCUCACCCACUAAGAGCUGUAUGCUGCAGGCAGAAUCGGAGAAGCUGCGGCAGGCUUGGAUCCAGGCCGUCCAGGCAAGCAUCGCCUCCGCUUACAAAGACAUUGCCGACAAUUAUUACAUUGAGCGUUUGGACAGGACCGCCUCGCCCUCCACCAGCAGUAUCGACUCUGCCAGCGAGCCCAGAGAGAAGGGGGAGAGGUCUGACAAGGGGAUCCGGGGAGGCGUGGAAAGCCUCCUCCAGAGGGUACAGAGCCUGCCGGGCAAUGAGCUGUGCUGUGACUGCGGCCAAGCGGCCGCGUGCUGGGCCUCCAUCAACCUGGGAGUCCUGCUCUGCAUUGAAUGCUCAGGCAUCCACAGGAGUUUAGGUGUGCAUUGCUCUAAAGUGCGUUCACUGACGUUGGACUCAUGGGAGCCCGAAUUACUCAAGCUCAUGUGUGAAUUGGGGAACACUGUGAUCAAUCAUAUUUAUGAGGGAGCCUGCAAAGAACUGGGAGCAAAAAAACCAGGGCCCUCCAGUUCAAGACAGGAGAAAGAGGCUUGGAUCAAAGCAAAGUAUGUGGAGAAACGCUUCCUUAAGAAGAUGAGUGGGAGCGAGGCUUUAGCCGAGGGUGAAAGGAAGUUCCGGCCCUGGACAGUAAAAAAGUCCCAUCGACACAACAGCUCUGUUCGGGCCCCCAACAAGGCACGCAGGAGAUAUCGUCGCUACGAGCCGGGAAGUGCUUCACCUGCCAAUCUCUCAGCAGCUGCUGCGGCGAAGUUUCGCCGGGACUCCCUGUUUUGUCCGGAUGAGCUGGACUCCCUGUUUUCCUACUUUGACACUGGCUCCGGCCCUCGCAGCCCCGCAGGUCUUAGCAGCGACAGCGGCCUGGGAGGAAGUACCGACGGCAGCACGGACAUCCUGGUGUUUGGCUCGGUGGUGGACAGCGUCACGGAAGAAGAUGAGGAGUCGGAGGAGUCCUCCAGCGGUGAGGUAGAGAUAGAGCAGGAAGUGUCUUCAGACCCCGAAGACCCGAGGGAGCUCCACCCCGGGGCUCUCCUCCACCGAUCCGCCCGUCUACACAACCUGCCUCUCAUGGCUGAGGCUCUGGCCCACGGCGCAGACAUACACGCUGCCAAUGAGGAGGAGGGCAGAACGCCACUCAUUCAAGCCGUGGUUGGGGGUUCCUUGAUAGCUUGUGAGUUCCUGCUGCAGAACGGAGCCGAUGUGAACCAGAGAGACAUGAGGGGCAGAGGCCCGCUGCACCACGCCACCUACAUGGGACACACUGGUCAAGUGUGUCUGUUCCUGAAGAGGGGGGCAUCUCAGACGGAGGUGGAUGAGCAGGGUCAUGACCCCCUUAGCAUCGCCGUCCAGGCUGCCAACGCAGACAUCGUCACCUUAUUGCGUCUUGCACGGAUGAACGAGGAGAUGCGAGAGGCGGAGGCUCCCUUGGGUCAACCAGGUCAAUACCACAGUAGCAGCCCCACUGAGCAGCAGUAUAGGAAGUGCAUCCAGGAAUUCAUCUGCCUCACCAUAGACGAGUGCUAGUGGUCACUUUUUACCCACAAGCAAAGCAUAUCUCUCCCUCUUUCUCUUUCUCCUUUAUUAAUACACACACACACACACACACACACACACACACACACACACGGACCUUCCUUCUGAACUACAACCUGAGGAAAAUGGUGUAGACGAAGUUGCCCCUACACAUCUGGGCUUAUGAUUGAUGGGGGGUGUAGAAGGAGAGAGGAGAUUAUCACUUGCGCUUUAUGGAAGUUGUGUUGUUUAAUAGGGAGACACCUGAAUGACCCUUUUUUUUUUACCCCUACUGACAAUACAGUCACCACCACAAGGUUUUCUGCAUCGCAACUAUGUUUCUGCUUGCCAUAACUCGCAAACAACAACAACAACAACGCUGUGCUGGCUACAUGACACACACACACAGUUUGCCAACAGGGUUUUCCUCUAACUUAUCGUAACGUGGCGUAACCUCUCGAGUCGAUGGGGGUGUGGGUUUGCUGUUGCCUAUCAGUUCUUAGGAAAACUCUUGCAGCAUUAAACCCUGUACACAAUAUGCAUCAACACCGUCUGUUUGACCUCCAACUUGGCCAUCUUUUGGAGAUUGUAGAUAUACGUAUUUAGAAGUUAUAUGGGUAUCUUUAAACGUGUGCUGUGGCAUGAGGUGAAAAUUUAAUUUGUUCCAUUUCCAGUAAAAAAAAAAAAAGUUAACUGCUGCAGUACAGUUGAGCAGUGUAGUUUACUGUGUAAAGAGAAUGUGAGGAAGGGAAAUUUAAUGUAAAACUGUGACAAAAAUGCUGAGUCUCCUGGCAAAGAGCCCCCUGCUUGCUUUGUAAGAUACUUUGUGACAGAGUGAGAGAGUGACUGAAUAAAUAAGAGACUAAUUGAUAAGUGGACAGGAGAGUAUGCGUCAAAGAAUGCUCAGACAGAGUUAAAUAAUAUGAUAUUACAUUAUGUAAAGGAACUAAGAAACUGCACUUUUCCCAUCCACAGUAUUAUAUGUAUUUUCUCUUUGGUUUAGUUUUUUACAUUGUUCUUGUUUUGUUUAUUUCUGGAUUUUUAUAUAUAUUUGUCUCCCCAGAGUAUCGGUGCAAUUCAUUCGUGAUUGCAGUUUACGUCUGCGUUUGCAUUAAUGAUUGUAAUUUUGAACUAAAAGCAUUACUUGGAAUUAAUGACAGGGAGUCUUUAGAUUACCAUUUAUUGAUUUACUUUGAUUGUCAUGUAUGGUUUUCCAUUUAGUUUUCACUAUGAAACAGCCUUACAUACUAUUGUUGUCAAAGACAUCAAUUAAUUAGAUUUUACUAGCUAAUACAAGGACUUUGUAGUUACGAUGUCAAUGCAGUUGUUAGUUAUUUAUUAGGUUAUGUGCAGAUUAAGCAGAGCGGCAACAUUUGAUGGUGUGUAUAAAAUGGAUUUGCUUCACAUCCUUUAUCAACUCUUUGGUUAAUCUCCUUUUACAAAACAAAGGUGGCUUAUGGCACCUUUCAUUGUGUCGUAAAAAGUCAUCCAUGUUAUGAUGAUGGAGGUGAGAUAAGGGUGCACUCUUCUUUGGAAGAGUUUAUACAUUUGUGGGGUCAAAAGAUUUAUAUAUCUGGCAUCCCUUCCAGGUAAAUGCUUGCAGUAUUUUCUGCAUGCUUUAUCGAGCUUUACUGUAGGAAGUUCAACACCAUUGGCCUCCUCAGCAUAAUAAGAUAUUUCAUUAUGGUUUGAUCAUGUUGUGCAGUCCCGUGAAAGAAGCAUGUACCACGUGACCCCUCUGUGGUCAGAAAUGGGUCACUUUUUGCACCUCUGCCAUCCGUGGACCAAAUCUUUGGUGAACUUCUCUUGCUGGUCUCUUUUUUGUGAUUUUAUUUUGGUUUCAUGUUGUGGUUUAUUUCCUCUGCCAAAGACUUUUUAAAGGGAAAGUGUCUGACAUUGAUAUCACUUUGUUCUUUCUUUUUUUUUACUGAAACUGUAGAUUUAGGAAAGCAUAUUUUUACCAUGCUUUGUGAAGCGACAGAGUGGUAGAAACACUGUCGGAGUGCUUACAUUUUGAAACGAGGUUACAGAAAUGUGACGGACCUGAGAGAUUUUGAUGAAGUGAUAUUCUGCAAUAGUUCAAUGUACUGCAAGUAGAAGCAGUCUAGGGGUUGAUGUGGAGCUACUGUGACCAAACUGUUAAAGGUCCUCGCUUUAGCGGAAGUGUUAAAUGUUGUGUCCAUUGUGUGUAUUGACAUCUGUGGUUAAAGAUGCUGUUCAAAGCAAACCUGUUGUAAAUAGUACACUUGUGUAUUUUAACCCAACUUUCUGCCUCUCCGCAUUCCAUCACAGAUCCUGAUUGUCUGAUCUGGUUUAUUAACGUCUUUUUAUUCUCUUCCAAAAACAACAGCCUGUUAGGCAGAACGGUACCUUAGUUCUGCAUUACUUUGAAGUCUUGUUCUUGUUCUGCACACUGGCAUUUGGAUAUAUUUGGAAUAUUUGCUUCCUUGUCUUUAGAAGCACUGAAGGGGAAAAAAAGACAAAAAGCAUACAAUAAAACUGAAACUCUUGAUGAACUAA